AACAGAACCAAGAUGGCGGAGUGCACUGAAUGUUUGUGCAGUUUGGGAGCCUCCGGAGCGCCAUGCUGACUCAAACUGCUGUAUGUCUGUGUGUAAGGGACUUUGAGCAGCACCACUCCGGGCCACAGGACACACUCCGGUCCAACUGGACCGGGUAAUCCUUGGUAAACUGAAAACACGCAGCACACUAGUUCCUGCAGAAAUUUUCUGCCCGACCAAUCAGAGUCUGAUUGGGGAAGUCACGUGCGAUCCCUGAGAGCCAAUCCGCGGCUCGCAUGGAAACAGAGCCGGAAGACCCGCCUCCUGACUGUCGAACUGCAGCGCGCGUGAAGAAGAAAGAAUAGAACCGUCCGAAUCGGUUCGGUCCAACUUCUGAAGUCACACUGCGGCUGCAGAGCAUCAUGGACACUCAGCUGUUUAUGGAGUGUGAGGAGGAGGAGCUGGAGCCGUGGCAACAGGUGGACGACAGCGUGGAGGAAGAUGACGUGGAGUUUAUGGACAACUACGGAGAGCCAGUGGAGGAUUCGUCGUGUUCUCCUCCUGCCUCUGAGACUCCGCCCCCCAGGUCUCCUCCUUCCAGCACACCUGCUCCAGCAGCUCCUCCUCCUCUGCAGUUUAUCUCCUCCUCGGUGAUUCCUGCUCCUCCAUCCAUCACCACCACCUCCUCCACCUUCUGCCUCACCACCACCUCCAAGCCCGCCGCCUCAGCCCCGCCCCUCCGGGCUCAGGCUCCGUCCCUCAUCCUGACUCAGACUCCAAGCGGAACCUUCCUCCUUCCGGCGGCUGCGGGGCCCGGCGGCGCCCAGCCCAUAUUCCUGACCACGCAGGGCUUCCAGAUGAACGCCGGCGCUCCUCUGGUUCUGAACUUGCAGCCGGGUCAGACGGUCCAGCCGCUCACUCUGAUCCAGUCGCCCACUCUGGGUCAGCUGGUCCGGCCCGGCGUGGGCCUCUCCACCGUCUUCUCUCAGAAACAGGCGGCACCGGGCCCCUCCACCUUCACCAGAAUGCAGCUGCCCACGACGCUGACCAUCAGAACCAGCGCACCGGGAUCCGCUAACCUGCAGGUGGCGCAGGUAAGCAGCGGCGGCUCCCUGAAGGUGGCGAGUUCUCCCAGCCUUUGCUCUGCUUCAACUAACGGAGCCACGAAGGCCACGGCGCCCAGCGGCACCAGAGCGCCUGGCCCCGCCCCCUCUGUCGUCGCCACGGCAGCCUCAGAGCCCCCCCGGGUGGUGAUGAGCGUGGAGGAGUUCUACUACGGGAGGUUCAGCGGAGACGUCAGCCUGAGGAGACCUUCUGCUCCUGGAAUGAACAUCUUCUCCUUCAACUGCAACAUCUGUGCCUUCAAGGCAGAGAACAACCUGAGGUUGAUGCAGCACGUGCUGCACCACUCCGAGCUGGUCGCAGACCGCAAAGACCGCCAGUCCUGCCGCUUCUGCUACCGGCAGUUCUCCUCGGCGGAGCAGCUGAAGGACCACCAGGACCACGUCCACGGCUCCACCCACUCUUCCUGUUUGUGCCGCAUCUGUGAGUGGGCCUUCGACAGCGAGCCCGCCUUCCUGAACCACAUGAAGUCCAAUCACAAGCCGGGCGAGAUGCCCUACGUCUGCCAGGUGUGCUCGUUUCGCUCGUCCUUCUACUCGGACAUCGUGCAGCACUUUGCCACCUUCCACAGAGAGACUCUGUUCCUGCUCUGCGUCUUCUGCCUGAAAGUGAUCAAGAACCCCAUCAACUACCAGCAGCACCUGUACCGGCACAAGCUGAGCCAGGCCUUCCACUGCAACAGGUGUCGCCUCCAGUUCAUCUUCCUCAAAGACAAAAUGCAGCACAAGGUGGAAAACCACCGCAGCUUCCGCCGGCCGCCGCAGCUGGAGGGGCUGCCGCCAGGGUCCAAGGUGACGAUCAGGACCUACGGGAAGGUCAAGCCUCCGAUUGCUUCGAACUCCAUCUUCCAGCCCAACAGAAUCAAGACGGAGCAUCCGAAGUUCCCCAUCCAGAAGAACCCCACGCUGUUCAAAGCUCCUAGAUCCCCGACCCGGAGAGGGCCGGGCCGCCGGGACGGCUGCAGGUCGUCACCGGGGGACCGGCUGGUCUGCUUGGAGUGCAGAACCGAGGCGUCAGACCUGAGCUCCCAUUACCCGACCUACGUUCACUGCCUGCUCUGCUCCUUCAGCAGCUGCUGCUCCCGGGCCUACGCCGCCCACAUGAUCCACCACCACGUCCGCGGCUCCAAGGACAAGGUUCUGCCGCUGCAGAAGGCUCCGCCCCCCUGCGCCUUCCUGCUGCGCUGCUGCCGCUGCGACUUCCAGCCGCCGUCCGCCGACCAGAUGGCCGAGCACCUGCAGAGGAACCCGGAGCACGCCGCCGCCGUCUGCCGCGCCCGCAGCUACACGGAGCCCGACAUCCAGCUGGACCUGAGCGCCGAGCCCCCAGCUCCGGAGGAACCGGACCAGAACCGGGACCUCCCGGCCGGUCGCUGGGAGCGGGCGGAGAACUGGACCCCCGCAGACGAGAGCGCGGCGCGGCACAUCCGGCACUUCACCCACCCGUGCGGGCCGAACCACUUCCUGUCCCGCAGCAGCGACGCCGCCGACUUCUUCCAGCUGCUGUUCCCGGCGCCGCUGGUGGAGCUGCUGGCCCGGGAGACCAACGCCCACGCCAACACCUGCCGCCUCCUGGGCUCCUGCCCCCCCGACUGGGUGCCCGUCACCCCCCAGGAGGUGAAAGGCUUCAUCGGACUGGUGGUUCUGAUGGGGGUCCACAACCUGCCCGACCCGUCCCACUACUGGUCCUUCCACCACUUCGACAACAGCUACACCUUUUACCGCUCCAUGACCUUCCGCCGCUUCCAGCAGAUCGCCGCCUACAUCCGCAUGGGCAGCUUCGGCGCCGAGCCGCGGCGCCCCGGGCCCGGCGCCGACCCGCUGCGCGUCUUCAGGCCCAUGCUGAGCAUCCUGGGCGGCGCCAUGUGGGACGCCUACCGGCCCAACUGCUGCCUGACCGUCGACCAGGCGCUGCUGCCGGGCCUGGAGGAGGAGGAGGGCGCCCCCGCAGGCGACCCCCGGGCGCAGCCGCAGGUGUGGCUGCUCUGCGACUCCAAGUCGGGCUACUGCCACCGCUUCCUGAUCCAGGUGGGCGAGCGGCGCGGCCCGGACCUGGGCUUCAGCGUGGUGCCGCCGCUGGUGCAGGACCUGGACGACAAGCACCACCAGCUGUUCCUGGCCAGCUCUCUGGUCUCCAUCCCGCUGCUGCAGGAGCUGCUGGAGCGCAACAUCUACGCCUGCAGCUCCUUCCCCCCCCCCAGCCCCAUCCUGCCCCGGCCGCUGUGGGAGGACGGCCAGCUGCGCCGCCCCGGCGCCUUCCUGCAGCGCCAGUGCGGCGCCCUGCUGGCCACGCGCUGGAGGGACACCAAGGAGAUGGGCUGCCUGUCCACCAACGCGGCGGCGGGCCGACCGGACGCCGUGUGGAGGCGGUCCCCCGCCGCCGCGGGGGGGCUGGUCACCAUCGAGCGCCCCAUGGCCUUCCGCCUGCUGCAGGAGAACAUGCGAGGCGUCGACAUCUGCAAGCAGCUGCUGGCCUGCAACCCGCUGGGGGGGGUGCCCCAGGACCGCCACUGGCGCAACCUCUUCUGGUUCCUGGUCAACCUGAGCGUGGUCAACGCCUUCAUCGUGCUGCGCGAGAGCCGCAAGGACAACCCCCCCGCCUGGGUGCAGGACGGCCUCUUCAGCCAGGUCAACUUCCGCAAGCGUCUGGGCAACCAGCUGGCCAAGUGCGCCCAGAAGCAGGGCGAGGCCUCGGAGGGGCCGGGCCCCCGCGGGGGGGAGGACGGCUCGCCGGAGGACGGCGCCAAGCAGCGGCACCGCAUGGCGAGGAUCAGCAGCGUCUCCAAGAGGUGCAGGAACUGCAACGCCAAGAACCUGCGGCACGAGAGCGUCUACGGCUGCAUCGCCUGCGACGCCAGCCUGUGCAAGCGGCCCCGCUGCUUCUGGGAGUUCCACGGCCUGUCCCCCCUCAACAGAGGUUCCACCAAGCUGGGGUUCCUGAAGGACAGAGUCAGCGGAGAGGUGGAGGUGGACGAGCUCAGCGACAACGUGGACGAGACCCUGGGCCCGGUGGAGGACCUGGACUUCUCUGACGACGACAACCUGGACGAGGCUGAGGAAGAGGAGGAGGAGGAGGAGAGGAAGGACGUGAGCGGCGAAGGUCCAGAGCGGCCGUCGCCGACCGACGCCAGGGCCGAGGCUCCGCCCCCUGCGGGCGCGGGGCGCGGCCAGCCGCUGUCGGUGCGGCAGCUGAGGAUCGUGCUGUUCGCUCUGUGUGAAGGUCUGCGGCAGGCGUCCCGCGUCUUCUCCACCGAGGCGCCGCUCAUCCGCCGCUGGCUGCAGGUGGCCAGGAAGCAGCUGCGGCGGGCGGACCAGGAGGAGAAGCUGCACGCCGACGGCUCGCAGCGCAUGGUGGCCUGGGUGCUGUCCAUGCGGGAGCAGCAGCUCCCCAUCACCGAGUGCAACCUCUUCAACAAGGCCUCCGCCCUGAAGAGGAGGAGGGCCUUCAGCGACUCCUUCCGCAUCUCCUACGACUGGGCCGUCAGCUUCAUGCUGCGCCACCAGCUGGGCGUCUGCAGCGCCGGCCGGGCGCCGUCUCUGGGCCGCGCCCCGCCCGCCUCGCUGGAGGCCCGGGUCCAGGCCUUCAGGGCCUUCACCCAGCGGGUGGUGCGGCUCCACGGGCUGACGGAGCGCUGCGUGGCCGCCAUGGACGAGCUCAGCGUCUUCGUGGACUUGCGGCUGGCCCAGGACAGCAGCAGGCGGCGUGAAGCUCUGGAGCUGUCGGGCUCCACGCCGCUGCUCACCGUCUACCUGGCGGUUCUGGCCGACGGCGCCAUGCUGCCCACGCUGCUGCUGGCCGGCCGGCCGCUGCAGGUGGAGGCCCCGCCCCCCUUCGUGGUGCUGGAGGCGCGGCCCGACGGCGUCACCCCGGAGGAAGCCUUGGACAGCUGGACCAGCAAGGUGUGGCUGCAGCACCUGGCGGGCCGCUCCAGAACCGGCAAGUCUCUGCUGGUUCUGGACCGGCACCGCGAGCACCUGGCCGAGCCCUUCCUGAGCGCGCUCAGCGCCUCGCACAGCCUCCCCGCCGUCAUCCCCGCCGGCUGCUCCUUCUGCCUGCAGCCUCUGGACGUGUGCCUGAAGCCGGCGCUGCAGCGCCUCCUGCUGGCCCGCUGGGCCCGCUUCACCGCCUCCGACCCCCCCGAGCUGCAGGAGGCCGCCGCCCACAAGCUGCAGGACAGCGUGACCCGGCUGCUGGUGGACUGGCUGCUGCAGGCCCUCGCCAGCCUCCAGCAGCUGCCCGAGCUCUGCAGGAGGUCCUUCCAGCUGACGGGCCUCCUGCAGGCCUCCUCCCAGGACGGCAGACCAGAGGACGUUCAGCUGGACCUCCUCAGAACCCUGACCGGGAUCCUGCUGCCGCCCGGAGCCGACGCCGACUCCCCAGAGCUGCAGGAGCUGGAAGACGAGGAGGGGGACGAGGAGGAGACGUCAGAGGACAAGCUGGAGUCCAAAGACGAGAGGAUGGAGGCGGAGGAGGCGGGGACGGAGGACAGAGAGAAGGAGGACCCGACAGCAGGGGAGGAGAGGACGGGAGGAGAGGACCGGGUCCAGCAGGGAGAGAAGACGGAGACACUGAAGGACGACGCCGAAGAGAGACGGAAAGAACGACCCAGGGACGGAGAGACGGACGGAGGCGGAGAGGACGGCGCCCACGAGGAAGCCGAGUCCAGAGACGAGGACGAAGCUCAGAGCCUCGAGGAGGAGAGACAGGAGGAGAGACAGGAGGACAUGGAGGACACGGAGGCCGGCACAGAAAGACGGGAGACCAGGAUCGUGAUCGGCGAGGAGGUCGGGGACGAGUGGAAGAUCACGGUGAAGGCCCGGAGCGACGGGCCCAGGGCCCCGGGCCCCGAGGACAGCUGAGGGGCCCGGGAGGUUCUGCUGGGACCGGGUCCUCUGGGGCUUCAGAGCCCAAACCCGGCUGUCCUCAUGUGGACCGAGCUGCAACCAGAACCAGAACCUUGAAGGCCUGGUGUGGGAGAGGAAGCAGCUGAUUGGUUGGCAGGUCCGGUCGGGUCCAGAACCAGCAGCGGAGACGAUUCUGACUGGAACUUUAUUUUCUAGAGUAAAGAUUCUAUUUGUCUGUUAAACCAAUGAGGUCACACUCCUGCUUCCACAUCAGCCAAUCAGGGGAUGUGGGCGGGUCUUCUGCAUUGAGAGUUUGGGUCGUUACCAGUGGUUCUGCUGGGAGGUUCUGGUGAACAGGUCCGGAUGACGUGUUUAAGUUGCUCACGUUAUGAUUCUGCUGAUCUGUGACGUUUCAUUACAGCAAUAAGGUGUAAUUCCACUGCCACGCCACUAGGGGCGCUCUGAUCGUAGGACCACCAUGGAGUCCUGCACACUGAUCUCUGUCUCUGGACAUCUGAUUGGCCGUUGGUAGUACACGUCGCUAUGAGGUCACCAGCCGCCAUAUACAAACAAUUGUUUAAUUUUAUGCUUCGAAAAAUAUUUCAACAUAUUUUGUUUAAAUUUUAACACUAUAUAGGCACAAUGUUUAGAACUGAAUAAGAAAAUCAAUGACAGUCAUAGCCAAAAAGUUUUAACCUGAAUGUGACAAACAUCACUGUGGCUCUCCACGGUUCUAUAAGAACGUAGGACAGUAUAACCAAGUCCUUUUAUUAGCAUGUUGCAAGAAAACAUGAACUGUCAUUUUAGUCUCUGCAUCUCAUAACACUUUGAUGGUCAUCACACCUAAGCUGUAUGAACGUUAGCAAAGCACCCAGGGCACAGUGGCACACAGCGUUGCAUGCAGAUGUAUUUGGUCUUCCAUGUGCACACAGCAGCAUGGCCUCUGUUUGCAUUUAUAGAAUUUAUGGAUGGAAUUUCUUGGACUAUUCUGUAGGUCGCCUUGAAGUCUACAAUAUAAAUAAUUGGUAUAGUUACAGAAACUACAGCAAAUCUGCACAAAAUAUACACAAAGUAUAAACAAAAUAUACUAAAAUGUAAAUUUUAAAUGAAUAGUUUAUGUGUUACAUUCAAAACACUGAAUUAUAAGCAAAACAAUUGCAAGACAGUAAAGCAAUUAUUCUGUUGAAAAAAUUUAAUGGGAGAUGCAUGACGUCCACUUCAGUGGACAAAUGGUUAAUCGUAAGUUUCUAAAUGUUGGAGAAAUGUUUAUAUAUAUAUAUAUAUAUAUAUAUAUAAUAUUUUUAAUUUAUUUUUUUAAUGAUAAUGAUUUUGGGCGGACUAGAUUGUUCGGCGAGCCGUAUGUUUAACACCCCUGCUUUAGACACAUACAGCGACACACACUUACUGUUUCAUAGCAUCAGUAGAUUACUGUAAGUUAUGGUAAAAAAUAGGCACAUCACAUCCAAUAUUCAGUAUGAAGUCUAUAAAUCAUGUAAUAUAACAUACAAAUCCAUGACAACAAAAUGAGUGUGUUAAUGGAGAAUUAUAAUACUGUACUUGCAUAUUAAUAUUACACUAUCUGAUGACCAAAAGUGCUAAAAUGAUGAAAUACAUGUAAUAUACAUGUACUUAUUAUAUGGUUAUGGUAAUUACAUAUUACAUAUAAUUUCAAGAUUUUACAUCAAGACUGAAUUACAAGUACAUGUCUGUUAAUGCUAUAGUAUUUUUCUAUUUACAAAUCGUGCGUGAUGCCAUAUACAUUUAUGCUGUGUCUGCAUUAGCCUUUAAAUCUGAUAGAUUCACAAUAAAGCUAAAUUAAUGAAGCAGUUUAAUCACUCCACAGAGCUUCAGUUUCUACACUAGCAAAAUCACAAAAACACUCCAGUGUACAUGUACAUCUAUACAUUACAGAGACAGCAUGUGUAUGCACACACACAUCUCUGUAAGUACCUGCACACGUCGGCAUGUUUAUGGCAUGUUUAUGGCGUGUUUAUGGCGUGACUCCGUCAGAGGAGGGAGCACCAAGAUGGCAGCAAAGGACGUCAGGUUUUCAGCCAAUCGGAUGUCCACAGAAUAAAUGGAGAUCAGUGGUCCUGCAGAUGUUCCUGGGCUUCCACAUGCACGUUCUGGUUCUGCAGAUUGUGUUGGGAACACAUGGGCCGUUUGGGAGAAGACGAACAGAACCCAGCAGAACUUUCUGUUCUCAGCUAAGCACGUCAUGUAAUCUGGGGUCGUCAUCAGAACCUCCACAAACACGUUUAAACAGCGGGAAAAACCAAAACCUGAACAUGAUCUGUUGCUUUGAUGUUUGAUGAUGUCAUAGGGAAUCCUGGAAGCUGAUUGGCUGGUCUGUUCAGGUCCAGCUGCAGGUAGAAGAGGAAGCGGAGCAUAAACGCUUCCUGUGUUGGUUGUACCAUGAUGAAGGUGAUGGGUCUGCUGCUGCUGAGCAGAACCUUCACAUGAUGUUCCUCAGAAAUAAAGCCAGUUUUCAGAAAGCAUGUC